ACGCAUGAAGGAGAAUCACGCGCAUGUGUCACCAUGCAAGCCGGCGAGUUGUUUAGACAUGAAAUAAUCACAGCUGAACUGACAGGAUAUGAGCUAGGGAAAUUCAGAAAUACAUCCGAACCCCAGGGGUUCUAUGUCUGGCUACAGUAGGAAAGUGGUUCCGAAUCGGCACCGCUGCUAUAUGUGGUGGUGGUCGAGGAAGGAAGUAGGGAAAGCGGGUUUUUUAGGGUCGCUGGACUUCACAGCUUUAGACGCGCAUCUAGCUUUCUAGCUCAUGCUGUUAUCUUAGGUGCGCUAGCUAGCUGACCAGAAAGCCAGUUCACUAGCUAGCUAGCCUAAGCAGCUACGUAGUGUUGGUCGGCUAACCAUUUAACGUUGCGCUAGCAAGCUAGCUAUCUGCCUGAACUUUAGAAAAAAAAUAGACGCGUGCUAGCUAUCGCUAGCCUAACAGUAAUGAACAGGUAUACGGAUAAGACGUCUUUACUUAGUCCUCCACAGAGCCCUGAAAAUAGAGGUUCGUCUGUCGGCAACACUAGCAGAGACUGGGAAUUGAGAAACGAUGUUUUCGUAUGCUGCUAUGACGAACCGAUGAGCGAUAUGAUACAUGGUGGGAUGCAUUCUGUGCAGCCCGGUCUGGACGGGCGCUUGCCACUGCUACGAGCCCGUCACGGGUCAUCCCAGGAUGGCAUGGUGUUAGGCCUAGUGGAUGAGGAUUACCCCGGUUGUCACAACCGCGGUGGUGACUCUGGUGCAACCUACAUCGAUGCUGACCUGGACUACAGCGAAAGCGAUGGGAAUGUCGCCCCUUUGAUGGAGACCAGGAAAAGGAAUCGAUCUAGCAGUUCCAGACAUCGUUAUGAGGUUGUCACAGAACUGGGACCAGAGGAAGUGCGGUGGUUUUACAAGGAGGACAAGAAAACCUGGAAACAUUUUGUUGGACACGACUCUCUAAAAAUCGAGGUCAUGUUCCGCAAAUUCUGCGAACUGUAUCCGGACAAGGCCAAACGCCAGGGUCCCACAGGCAUGGAGGCGGAGGACGGAGAAACAGCCGAUGCGUCCCAGCCGCCACCCGGGGAACCAGAGGGGACAGAAGAGGCUGGACAAGUGACUGAAGAACCAAGAAGUAAAGUUAAGGCGGACAGAGCAUCAGUGGUGGAGAGAACAAACUCGACAGACGAGCGAGAUAUAGAUACAAUUAGCAUCAAUGUUGAUGCAGUAUGCGUCCGAGGGGGACUGUAUGAAGUAGAUGUGAAAGAGAAGGAGUGCUAUCCCGUGUACUGGAAUCAGCAGGAUCGUAUCCCGGUAAUGAGGGGGCAGUGGUUUAUCGACGGGACGUGGCUCCCCCUGGAGGAGGACGAGAGCGACCUCAUCGAAGUGGAGCACCUGGACUGUUUCCGGGGGCAACAGAUGCAGGACACUUUUGACACAGACGUGGUGGCCAAGACGGUGGACAGCAAAGAUGUUCUCUCCCACCUGCCCCCCUUCUACCUCCCCUUUCUGUUCAAAUGGAGAGGAUAUCAGCCCAGUGCUAAAUCUGCAUGUCACAAGAGAAAGCGCUGCCAAGCCAUUCACAGUCUGAAGCUGAGCCGGAGCCACGUGGACUGGCACAGCGUGGACGAGGUGUAUCUGUACAGCGACGCCACCACCUCCAAGAUCGCCCGCACCGUGACGCAGAAGCUCGGGUUCUCCAAAGCCUCCAGCAGCGGGACGCGCCUGCACCGGGGCUACGUGGAGGAGGCCUCUCUGGAGGACAAGCCCCCGCAGACCACGCACAUCGUCUUCGUGGUCCACGGCAUCGGCCAGAAGAUGGACCAGGGCCGCAUCAUCAAGAACACCGGCAUGAUGAGGGACGCCGCGAGGAAGAUGGAGGAGAAGCACUUUUCGGAGCGCACUGCCGAGCACGUGGAGUUCCUGCCCGUGGAGUGGAGGUCCAAGCUGGCCCUGGACGGAGACACGGUGGACUCCAUCACCCCAGACAAGGUUCGCGGCCUGAGAGACAUGCUGAACAGCAGUGCCAUGGACAUCAUGUACUACACCAGCCCCCUGUACAGGGAUGAGAUCACCAAAGGCCUGACGCAGGAGCUGAACCGGCUCUACACGCUCUUCUGCUCGCGGAACCCCGAGUUCGAGGAGAACGGCGGGAAGGUGUCCAUCGUGUCCCACUCGCUGGGCUGCGUCAUCACCUUCGACAUCAUGACCGGCUGGGACCCGGUGCGCUUCUGCCUGCAGGAGCAUCACGAGCUGGAGGAGGUGGACCUGCGCUGGCUCAGCUACGAGGAGCGCCACCUGCUGGAGCAGCUGCAGAUCACCAGGCGGCGGUUGAGGGAGCUGGAGGAUCAGCUUCAGGGGCUGGAGGCCUCCAAGGCACUGUCGUCCCCGGCCCUGAAGUUUAAGGUGGAGAACUUCUUCUGCAUGGGCUCCCCGCUGGCCGUCUUCCUGGCCCUGCGGGGCAUCCGGCCGGGCAACAGUGGCUACCAGGACCACAUCCUGCCCAAAUCCAUCUGCCAGCGCCUGUUCAACAUCUUCCACCCCACCGACCCCGUGGCUUACAGGCUGGAGCCCCUCAUCCUGAAGCAUUACAGCAACAUUGCACCUGUCCAAAUACACUGGUGCAACACCACCAACCCCACCCAUUACGAGGAGAUCCGUCCGACGUUCAUCAACCCGGUGAAGGAGACUGCCUCGGACACGGAGAGCAUCCCCAGCCCCAGCACCUCCCCCGUGCUGGCCCGCAGGCACUACGGGGAGUCCAUCACCAACCUGGGCAAGGCCAGCAUCCUGGGCGCGGCGAGCAUCGGCAAGGGCAUCGGCGGGAUCCUGUUCUCCAGAUUCUCCCGCUCCAGCAGCCAGACGUCCGGCGUGGAGGGCGGGGCGCCCGAGGGCGAGGAGAAGAGACCGGGGGAGAGCCAAUCGUCAUACGGCCUGUCCGCCAUGUCACAGUCCACCUCCGCCAUCAUCGAUACCACGCUGGAGCUGGAGCACCGCAUCGACUUCGAGCUCCGCGAGGGCCUGGUGGAGAGCCGCUAUUGGUCGGCAGUGACGUCGCACACAGCCUAUUGGUCCUCGCACGACGUGGCGCUGUUCCUGCUGACCUUCAUGUACAGGCAGAACGAGCUGCCCGAGUCCAGCGAAGACAAUCCUGACCCGGUGUAGCACGCGGACACCGAGCAUCAGUGCCACAAAUGCACGAAUAUGCGCACGCGCAAACACGUGCACACUCCACGCGGACACACAGACACACACGUUAACACACGCGCGCACACACACACACAGAUUUGCCUCUCGCUCUUUUGGCGCAGGACACACGCGCACACACAUCUGCGCACACGUACAGACGUCCUGCUCGCGCUCGGGGGCGGCUCAGACUCGCACAAGGCCAAGCGCCACUCCCAGCCAGGCGUGACGGGCGGCACGUUGGACCGUAGCCUCGCGUGGGCGGAGCCAGUGCCACUGUCCGAGUUCCGGAACACGCCCUGAUGAGCGGAGCGUUGUGGGGGAUCCGUGAAACUCGGCGCCCCCUUGUGGGCUGUUGGAAUCUGCACACUGUGGUUGAGUCCUCAAUGCCUGUCUACAAAGACCUCUCUAAACAUCUAAACACCCCCCCCCCCCCCACCUCAUUCACAGCCUGACCCUCAUCCCAAUAAUGUCCCCCUCCUCCCCAAGCCUGCAGGAGCUGCACCACGCACAAGCCUGGACACCCCCCCCCCAUUACUUUCAACCUUCAUUCUUCUCUGUUCGGUUCCCAUUCUCAAGGGCAUGGACUUGAGUUUAGACAGCAGAUUGAGGGGUUAGAAAGGACAGUGGGCUCUUUCGUAGAUCUAACUGCAUCCCAAAGCAACACGAUAGAGCAAAUAUUCAAUGCAAAAUUAAAACACUUAAAGGGGUCAAAAGAGUAUUUAUUUUAAUAUUAAUUUAUUACCUAACAAGAUUUUUUUUUCCUUUAUUAAUUGUGGGAAAUUAACUAGAUUAUAACCUGUUUCCCCUUUUUAUUUUCCUAUAUCAGGAAGGAGCGUGACCUGUGUUCCGUUCCUCUAUUUGCUAAUUACCACAAAACUACUGUGUGACUUUUCCUAGAACUAAAUAUCUAUAACCUUUUACUAAAAUCAGCAAAGCCAUUGUCUUUUUAUACCAGAAAAGAACUAAUCUCGAUCGUCACGGACUAGGUUGUCGUAACUGAACAAUAAACCUUUAUAAUCCAUUUGUAUGUCGACCAAAUGGUGCUGUAACGACCUUCUAGCUUCGUUUGUUUAUUUUUUUGUUUAGCGUUCCAUUUUUUAGGCGGAGUCAGUCAGGUGCGGUGCCACGCCUGCGAUGUUGGCGUCAGGCCGGUGGCGAGGCUUCAGGUAGCCGUAGCCGUUCCGAGGUGGGCGGAGCUCGCAAGCGCUCCGUUCCUGACGCCGCACGACGAUGUCACCCGUCUGUCAUGAAACGCCACCGCGCACAAACGGAGGAACGCUGUCCUCGUUGUCAGAGCCCGAGUCAGGAAAGGGGGUCUUUCUCUGAGCUCUGGUUGCAUGGAACUAAAAAAGAAAAAAGAAAAAAAUUUGCAUGAAGUGUCAGUGCUUUUAUGGAGCACCAAUCAGGAAGCAGCUCAGAGGAAGACCCUGCGAUCGCUGGCGCUACGAUGCGAGCGAAGCUGCAGGAGCUCACGGCGAGGCACGAAACUGUCGCUGCGUUUAUAUACCGCACUUCUGAACACAGCCAAAUGCUGGGGAGGUGGAUUGCUGAGUAAUACUGGUUAAAAAGGGCUCUGCGUGAAUGAAGCUUAGACAAAGAAGUGGUUAAAUGUGUGAUGUGUGUUGUGAGAGAUUCGGUCUGGAAUUUUUAUCGCUCUUCUGAUUAUUCCUGAAAUAUUGUUUGAUUUAUGAAAAGAAAAGAAAAAAACCUUAUGAAAGUUAUGAUUGAGAUGUGACUUUCAGGCACUUCUGUUUACAUGGAUAUACGGAGGAAUAUGCUUCAUUUUUGUAGCCAAUUAAUUUAUCGUCAAUGUUUUUAUGGGCAUUUUUAUGAUUACCCUUUGUUGAAUUGUUGCCAGCACGGACGUAGAUCCCGGUUCUUCCAACCUUGGGAAAAUAUCGAAAUGUCCCCCCAAUAUUGUCAUGUUCUAUUGGGUGAUACUGUUCGUGCCCCCCCCCCCCCCCCCCCCCCCCUUAAAAAAUUCUAAAGACAGUUUCUUUUGAAUUUUGUUGUACCUCCGAGUUGAAAGGCGAUCUAUGUCCUUGCUUGUCGGUGGCCAAAUAUUUCUGAUUUCUAAGUGUGGAGAAGGAGGGAGGAAUGCAUAUCUGAACAAUCUGACUGAUUAGUGCUGCCAGUCAAUCUCCAGCUUAUUGUGUUUGUGAAGUCCUGAAGUCUCUGAACUGAUUUCUACAUCUGCUUAAACAUAAUGAAGGAAGCAAGACAUUCUUAGAAUCAAACAUUGCCAUUUAAAACAUGUACUUUAAAAAAAAUAUCGGAAUGUAACAGAAAUGACUUCAAGAAGGAACAAUGCAAAUUUUAUAAAGUGAGGUUACUUAUUUUUUUUAGUUUUUUGUUUUGCAUUACUGUGUGUGUCCACUAGAUGUCAGUAUGUUCCCUCUACAUUUGUGGUAAACAUUGGAACAAGUCUGAAGGGGACAAGGGUCCUUCUGUCACGUGGGCAUUGUAACUGACUGAUGAUGAUAGUCGAUUAAGUCAAAAGUGGAUUACUAAUAUCUACUACAUUCAUGUAGACCAUUGCCUGCUAAUCUAUAAUUUAUAUGUUCGCCAUCUCAAACAUGUGAAAUGGACCUGGGCGCUCUUAUGGACAUAAUUGUGUCCCUGUAGAGAUGCCUCACCCUUAAUGGAGCUGGAAACUCAGUUAUAAACUCUGGAGGGAUCAAAGGCACUGAAGGAGAAAAAAAGAAAGAAAGUGAGGGUUAUAUGAGAUGCUAAACGGCUAACGAUGCUAAGCUGCAAAGACUGCAAGGACGUUGUUGUGCCGCUGCCUCGUGAACGGUAGCCAGGAGGAAUGCCAGUUUGCAAAUCAGCUUGGGAGAUCACUGAAAUGUCACUAAGACACAGGCCGGCAUUCAGCAGACUUAAAAAAAAAACAAAAAAAAAACAAAAAACAAUUGGGCUCUCAGAAAAUGGGUUGAUAGAAACGUCUGUCUGAAACUUGCAGUGUCUAAGCUGUACAGAAAUGACUUGUGAAUGUGCCAGUGUGCUCAAAUGUAGCUUGCUGGUGGAUGGAGGCUGGCCAAUAAUAAGUAAUGACCUCUAAGAAUAUACAGUGGAGAUGCCUAUUGGCCUGUUUCCUGCUGCGUUGUUAGGCCUUACCCAGCAAACUUAAAAUGUUUGCACAGUGUUACUGAAAUAGUUUGUCAAUGUUAUAACGUAGCGGCAACAUUGCAGCAACAUUGUGAGAACAUUUUGUGUCAGCUGUGAAUUUCCUUCAGGCGCACCUGACUGCAGCACUGACAAGCACACAGCUUGCACUUGGUCAUGGCUAAUCUGGUAAAGCACCUUUUACCCAAUAGCCAAAAAUGCUUAUUGAAAACCUAAUUCACUUAGUAAGGUAUUAAUUCCACAUCUGUUCCCAAAUUACUUGUUUUUGUGAUCCAUCUAUAGACGGCAUGCAGAAAUAAUUGAAAGGUUGCAUCUCAUGUAGUUUUCCUGUGGUGUGUUGCACUUUGAAAUCCGGGUUGCGUUCUGUGAUCUCGGACCUUCAGAAUGUGUGCGUGGAGCGAAAGAAGCCAUCCGAUAAUGUCUCCGUUGUGUCCGCUUCUGGGCUGACUGAAGAAUCUCUAAAUGACUGUUACUUUUGACAUUGAAACGAUAAGCUGACAAACUGUUGACUCUGGAAAGCUGUGCAAUAACUCAUGCCUGUAAUGGUUUCAAACUGCCAUCCGACGCUGUAUUUCCUUUUAUUAAAACAAAACGUUUUCUUUCUUAA